AUGAUCAUCGUGCAAGAUUUGCAAAAACCUAUGGUUGAAAUAGUUGGACUUCCGACAGACGGUGUAUUAAUUGAAUGUGAAGAAAACACUGUAGGUAGUUUGCUAUCAUUUAAACUUUUUUGUAUAAAUGGUCAUCACACAACAUGGACAUCUCAACCACUCAUAUGGAAUGUCCCAGCUGGAAAUUUGCUUUUGGCUGCAUCAACUUUAUUUAGUGGAAACACUUAUGAAAGAAUCAGCCAAUUUGCAUCUUUCAUGAAUCUCGAAUUUAUUGGAAAAACCAGUUUUUACAGCUUUCAAAAGCAGUAUCUUUUUCCUGUUGUUGACAAAGCUUGGAAAGAGGAGAAAUCAGCUGUUAUUGCCGAAGCUAAGAAGUCUGGUAGUCUUAAUGUGAAUGGUGAUGGUCGAUGUGAUAGCCCUGGGCAUAAUGCCAAGUAUGGUACUUAUACAAUGAUGGCUGACUCUGGUAAGAUAGUAACUUUUAAUGUUGUGCAAAGUACUGAAGUCAGUUCUUCUAAUGCUAUGGAGAAAGAAGCAUUUGAAAGAUGUCUGUAUGAAGUUGAAAAGCUAGUUCCUGUUAAGCGAAUAACAACAGAUACACAUGUUUCGAUUGCCAGUGCUAUGAAAAACAAACACCCUCAUAUUGAUCACCAAUAUGAUGUGUGGCAUUUGUCUAAAUCUGUCACAAAAAAACUAACAAAGAAGGCUAACAUUAAGGGAAAUGAUGACUUGACCCAUUGGAUUAAGUCCAUUUCUAAUCAUCUUUGGUGGUGCUCUGCAAGUUGUAACAAGAAUGCAGAAGAAUUGGUGGAAAAAUGGAAGUCUGUCCUUAACCACAUUUCCAACAAGCAUUUCUGGAAGGGGAACACAUAUUUUCAUCAAUGUUGCCACCAUUAA